ACUACUUCCGGCCAAUUGGAAUCGUACGAAAUAGAUUCACUGUUGUGUUUGUACAUAUUAAAAUAACAUAGAAACAUAAUAACACUUGUAGAAAUCAUUUUAAACAAUCAAAACACGAGCCAAAACAGCUAUGCCUAAGGUAAGAAGGAGUAAAAAGUCUCCCCCAGAAGGCUGGGAACUUAUUGAACCAACACUAGAUGAAUUAGAGCAAAAAAUGCGAGAAGCGGAAACUGAACCACAUGAAGGAAAGAGGAAAGUUGAGGCUUUAUGGCCAAUUUUCAGAAUUCACCAUCAGAGAUCACGUUAUAUUUAUGAUCUUUUCUACAGACGACAUGCCAUUAGUCGAGAACUCUAUGAAUAUUGCUUACGAGAAGGUAUAGCAGAUAAAAAUUUGAUAGCUAAAUGGAAAAAACAGGGCUAUGAAAAUCUUUGUUGCUUGCGUUGUAUUCAAACCAGGGAUACUAAUUUCCAGACAAAUUGUAUUUGCCGUGUUCCAAAAAGCAAACUAGAAGAGGGCAAGAUUGUGGAAUGUGUACUAUGCGGUUGCCGGGGAUGUUCUGGAUGAUUCUAUUUACACUUGAAAAAUAACACAGUUUUAGUAGAUGAUCUAAAUGUGACUGGACAACAGAUUUCUCCAUAUAUUUUCAUCAACACAUUUUUCAACUUAAACUUCAAUGUCUUCAUUGGAUUUUGGCCUUUUAUAAAUUCUAAAACAUUUUAAGGAUUUUUUUUUAUAAAACCAAAAGGAUCAAUUCAUUAUGUAUGCAAGAGGAUAAAAUUAUGUAUCUUGAGAUUGUCAAUGACUUACAUCUAAAAUUCAUGGAGUGUUUCUAAAUUCUUGAAUUUUCUUCUUCUAACUUCAUACAAUACAUGAUUUUUUUUCCAAAGAAGCUGGUUGAAGUGCUCUUGGUUAUAAUAUUUAAAUAAAGAUAAUAUUAGACUUGUAAAUUCAAUAUCCACUAGCAAAUACAUUUUAUUUUAGUUUAAAAUGUUCUUUCACUCUUAAGUUAUUUUGUGAGCAAAAAAAUUAGCCUUGUCAUGUAUGGUAGAACUAUAAGUUGAGAAUAUUAUAAAGCUUUACUUUGGUUAUUUAAUAUCCAUAUGAUUGUGAAAAUUUCUCAGUCAAGAUAUGUUAGGUACAAAAUCAUAACCUGCUGAAUGAAAACAGUUAUAAGUCCUUCACACUUUUCCCCCUGUCUGCUCAUCUGGAAAGUUACAUGAUAUUUGCACACUCUUUACAACUUCAAUGCCAUUACAGUAGAUAAAAAAAAAAUUGACAUUAAACUUGAAUCCUAGAUUGAAGGCAGCGAAUCAGCAGAGUCACUAGAAUGUUAGGUAGAAUGUCUAGCAGUGUUCAUUCCAAAUCUCUGCACACUGAGUUCAAAUCCUACUGAGGCCAACUUUGUAUUUCAAUGUUGAUAAAAAUGCACCAGUCUGGGGCAGUGCAUUGGUGGAUUGGUGAAACAGUUAGUUGUUGAGCAAGAUAGAGAUCUUUUCUGUUUCGAUGCCACUUUGCAAGUUCUUCAAUUUUUGUUCCAAUUGAUUUCAUAUUUGGCAUAUUGCUCUAGUUUUGUAAAGGAAUCAUUGUCAUGAAAUUCAUUUUCACCAUAAAUCAAUAACUAAAGAGUUAAUAGCUUUUAAAAUUUGCAAAUUUUGAGUAAUUUUAGCCAAUCGAAAACCACAGAUGUAAUAGGUGCCUGUUUCCAUGGUAACAAACCACGCUGCUUACCAUGUGUUCUUUUUGUCACUUAUUAAAUGCUUAAAACACAUAUGGUAUAAGGUGUGCUAAAAAUAACAGCUAAAUAGGCCUUAAAUUACACACAAAAUUUUUUGUUAUGAGGGAUUAUAUAAUGUGUGUAAAGCAGAAUUCCACCAAUAUUUUAUUUGUUUACAGUUGACAAUAUGUGCAGUCAUGCACACAAUGACAGCUUCCAAAUCCUGUUUUCUGACAAGAUAAAAAUUAUCAAACUUUAAACCUCUUUAAAUUUAAAAAAAAAAUUUCUGGAAAAAGUGAAUUAUCUCUUGAGAUUCAGCAUGGAAAAUUACAUCGAUGCGCCAGAUUAUAGAAUUUUCACUAAACUUUAAAAUUUCCACAGGUGCAACCGAACAGAAACAAUCCCAAGAUACUUUGUGGUAUCUUGUUUCAGCUGUUCACAUUCUGACAGUAAUACUUACAACAACACUGAUCCCAAGCUGUAUUGGCCCAAGUUUGUAACCUUUCACUUGGACAAACAUUAAUAUUGUGGAGCUGGUAAACCUGCAUGCAUUGACAACUACCAAUCUUCUUCCAAAAAUCUUGCCCAACUCUGUGCAUACAUGUACUGAUGUAUUGUUAACCAUUGCCAAUGGAGGCUCUAUUGUAUAUUUAUUGAAUAUAUUUUCACAAUAAAUCCUAUCAGCUUUAGACUUUUACCAAA